AUGGCUGAUCAAUUAACUGAAGAACAAAUUGCCGAGUUUAAAGAAGCAUUUUCACUUUUUGAUAAAGAUGGAGAUGGAACAAUUACAACUAAAGAAUUGGGUACGGUUAUGCGUAGUUUAGGACAAAAUCCAACGGAGGCUGAAUUACAAGAUAUGAUUAAUGAAGUAGAUGCUGAUGGUAAUGGUACAAUUGAUUUUCCUGAAUUUUUAACAAUGAUGGCUCGUAAAAUGAAAGAUACUGAUAGUGAAGAAGAAAUUCGUGAAGCAUUCCGUGUAUUUGACAAAGAUGGAAAUGGAUUUAUAUCAGCAGCUGAACUUCGUCAUGUGAUGACAAAUUUAGGUGAAAAAUUGACGGACGAAGAAGUUGAUGAGAUGAUUCGUGAAGCAGAUAUUGAUGGAGAUGGUCAAGAAAAGACAGAUAAUUCUGUUUCAAAUGAGACAAAUGAUGCUCCAUUAAGAUCAAUUAUUGAAACGCCAUUAACUUAUUCACUUAUAAAUGGAAUUUUUCAACAACAAAAUAAUGAUGGAUCUUUUCCACCAACAACUCAAGUAGGAGAAUUAUUUAAUGUAAAUUUUGAACAAAUUAAACAUGAUUUAAAUUCGAAAGGUUUAGAUUCAUCAAUUUCGGAUGAAAUUUAUCGACUUAUAUCAACAGCAUCAAUUCUUUUCUAUUUUUUAUAUCAUAGUCAAAAAACAAAUUUUCCUGUUGAUCUUGAUACUAUUAAACAAUUUGUAUCUAAAGCACGAUCAGAAUUAGAAGAUCUUUCAUCGAAAGAAGAUCCAAUCAUGCAAACAUAUAUUGAUAAUGGUGAAUUAGCUGUCAAAUAUGUUAUUGAAACGCGUGAAAAAUAUGCACAUAUUUGUAAACAAAUAAAUCUACCAGAAACAACUUGGGAAACUUAUAUUCAACGUUUGAUGGGUUUAGAUAAACCUCAACAAUAG